GGGUGAUGACGCCAGCUCCGGUUGUCGCUCUAAGUCGGAAGUGGGAACCCUCUGGCCCCUGAGACUGUGAGGUGUCGUCGCCGCCGGCCCUUUAGGCCCCGCCCCUCCCCCUAGGUCUGGAUGGAGGAUAUCUUAAAGUGAAAUGACAGACCAGGAGAAUAACAACAACAUCUCAAGUAAUCCCUUUGCUGCUCUUUUUGGCUCCCUGGCCGAUGCCAAGCAGUUUGCUGCAAUCCAAAAAGAGCAGCUGAAGCAGCAAUCUGAUGAACUCCCAGCUAGCCCAGAUGAUUCGGAUAAUAGUGUGUCAGAGAGUCUGGAUGAAUUUGAUUAUUCUGUGGCUGAGAUCAGCCGCUCAUUCCGAUCACAUCAAGAAAUAUGUGAGCAACUCAACAUCAAUCACAUGAUCCAAAGGAUCUUCCUCAUUACUCUGGACAACAGUGAUCCAAGUUUGAAAAGUGGCAACGGGAUCCCCAGCCGUUGUGUGUAUCUGGAGGAAAUGGCAUUGGAGCUGGAAGAUCAAGACUGGCUUGAUAUGAACAAUAUUGAGCAGGCCAUCUUCGCUCGGUUAUUACUUCAGGAUCCAGGAAACCACUUGAUUAACAUGACUUCUUCUACAACAUUAAAUCUCUCUGCUGAUCGAGAUGCAGGGGAGAGGCACAUCUUUCAUUACCUUUACUCCUGCUUCCAAAGAGCUAAGGAAGAGAUUACCAAAGUUCCAGAGAACCUGCUGCCCUUUGCAGUGCAAUGCAGGAACCUCACUGUGUCUAAUACUCGAACAGUUCUCCUCACCCCAGAGAUCUAUGUUGACCAAAACAUCCAUGAGCAGCUGGUAGAUUUGAUGUUAGAAGCCAUCCAAGGAGCCCAUUUUGAAGAUGUCACUGAGUUUCUAGAAGAAGUCAUUGAAGCAUUGCUGUUGGAUGAGGAAGUCCGAACAUUUCCUGAAGUUAUGAUUCCCGUGUUUGAUAUUUUAUUGAACCGGAUAAAAGAUCUGGAGCUCUGCCAGAUCCUGUUAUAUUCAUAUCUGGAUAUUCUUCUCUAUUUCACUAGGCAAAAGGAUAUGGCAAAGGUGUUUGUUGAAUACAUUCAGCCCAAGGACCUAAACAACGGGCAGAUGUAUCAGAAGACCUUGCUGGGAGUCAUUCUCAACAUCUCCUGCUUAUUGAAGACUCCGGGUGUGGUAGAAAAUCAUGGCUACUUCCUGAACCCAUCUCGGUCCAGUCCUCAGGAGAUCAAAGUACAGGAGGCCAACAUCCAUCAGUUCAUGGCUCAGUUCCAUGAAAAGAUCUACCAGAUGCUGAAGAACUUACUCCAGCUCUCUCCAGAAACCAAGCACUGUAUCUUAUCCUGGCUUGGAAACUGUUUGCAUGCAAAUGCAGGCCGCACCAAGAUUUGGGCCAAUCAGAUGCCAGAAAUCUUCUUCCAAAUGUAUGCCUCGGAUGCCUUCUUUCUGAAUCUGGGUGCUGCUCUUCUGAAGCUAUGCCAGCCAUUUUGCAAACCCAGAUCCUCUCGGCUCCUCACCUUUAAUCCCACUUACUGUGCCCUGAAGGAGUUGAAUGAUGAAGAAAGAAAAACUAAAAAUGUACACAUGAGAGGAUUGGACAAAGAAACCUGUUUGAUCCCAGCUGUACAGGAACCAAAUUUUCCCCAAAGCUACAACCUUGUAACAGAGAACCUUGCCCUGACAGAGUACACCUUGUAUUUGGGAUUUCACAGGUUGCAUGAUCAGAUGGUAAAAAUCAACCAAAAUCUGCACCGGCUGCAGGUGGCCUGGCGGGAUGCUCAGCAGAGUUCUAGCCCUGCUGCUGAUAGUCUCCGGGAGCAGUUUGAACGACUGAUGACCAUCUAUCUUUCCACCAAGACAGCAAUGACUGAGCCACAGAUGCUACAAAACUGCCUGAAUUUGCAGGUGUCCAUGGCUGUUCUCCUGGUUCAGCUGGCCAUAGGCAAUGAGGGCUCGCAGCCAGUAGAGCUAACGUUUCCUUUGCCAGAUGGCUACAGCGCUUUGGCUUAUGUGCCAGAGUUUUUUGCAGAUAACCUGGGUGAUUUCCUCAUUUUCCUCCGUCGCUUUGCUGAUGAUAUAUUGGAGACAUCUGCAGACUCCCUGGAGCACGUCCUCCACUUCAUCACCAUUUUCACCGGAAGCAUAGAAAGAAUGAAGAAUCCCCACCUAAGGGCUAAGCUAGCUGAGGUGUUGGAAGCAGUGAUGCCUCACCUCGAUCAGACCCCAAGUCCCUUGGUAUCCAGUGUGUUCCACCGGAAACGUGUGUUCUGCAACUUUUCGUAUGCACCCCAGCUUGCAGAAGCUCUGAUCAAGGUUUUUGUGGACAUUGAAUUUACAGGAGAUCCCCAUCAAUUUGAACAGAAGUUUAAUUACCGCCGUCCCAUGUACCCCAUCCUAAGGUACAUGUGGGGAACAGAUAGCUACCGGGAGAGCAUUAAGGAUUUGGCUGACUAUGCCUCUAAGAAUUUAGAAGCCAUGAAUCCCCCACUUUUCCUUCGCUUUCUUAACCUUCUAAUGAAUGAUGCCAUAUUCCUUUUGGAUGAAGCUAUACAGUAUUUAAGCAAGAUAAAGAUUCAGCAGAUCGAGAAGGACCGGGGUGAAUGGGAUAGCCUAACACCAGAAGCCCGCCGUGAGAAAGAGGCUGGCCUACAGAUGUUUGGGCAGCUGGCACGUUUCCAUAACAUCAUGUCCAAUGAAACCAUUGGUACCCUUGCCUUCCUGACAUCAGAGAUCAAAUCACUGUUUGUCCACCCAUUCCUGGCUGAGCGCAUCAUCUCCAUGCUGAACUACUUCCUGCAGCACUUGGUUGGCCCCAAGAUGGGUGCUUUAAAAGUCAAGGACUUCAGUGAGUUUGACUUCAAGCCCCAGCAGCUCGUAUCAGACAUCUGCACUAUCUACUUAAAUCUUGGUGAUGAGGAGAAUUUCUGUGCCACUGUGCCCAAGGAUGGACGUUCCUAUUCCCCAACUCUCUUUGCACAGACAGUCAGAGUCCUAAAGAAAAUAAAUAAGCCUGGGAAUAUGAUUGUGGCUUUCAGCAACUUGGCAGAGAGAAUCAAGUCCCUCGCAGACCUCCAGCAACAGGAAGAGGAGACCUAUGCAGAUGCCUGUGACGAGUUCUUGGAUCCCAUCAUGAGCACGCUGAUGUCUGACCCUGUGGUGCUGCCCUCAUCCAGAGUCACCGUGGACAGGUCCACCAUUGCCAGACACUUGCUCAGCGACCAAACAGAUCCUUUUAACCGUAGUCCCCUCACCAUGGACCAGAUCCGGCCAAACACCGAGCUCAAAGAAAAAAUCCAGCGGUGGCUUGCUGAGAGGAAACAGCAACAAAAGGAGCAACUUGAAUAAAUACUGUGAAUGAAACAAACCAAAAACCCACCCCAGAGUGUAGAUAAACAAUCACUUGUGGUUUUCUCUUUCUGGUUCUGUUCCUUCCCUUUUUCCUUUUUCUUUAUCAAUUUUUUUUCUUCAUUACUAAGUUAGAAAAGUAUUCUUGCUCCAAUUAUGAUCACUAAGAUUCCCCAAAACUUGUCUAUGUUCCCCCUGGCUUGCAGGAAAUUCUACUUCUUGCAGCAUCACUAAGUGUAGAAUCAUUACUAAUUUUCAGCUUCUGUUCAUUCUCGCUUCCUAUUCUAUCGUCUUCCUUUCCCUACCUUAAAUUAUAUAAGUUCAACUACUGGAACUUUUUACCACUUUACUCUUUCCCUUACCACAUACUGCUCAAAGCAUUUUGGUGAGCACUACUUUUAAGUCUACAAUGUCAAAUAUUUCAAUGACAGCUAAUGUUAGAAAAUGCUGUUAUCCUGUGUAUUUACUAGUCCUGAUGAUACAGACUUACGUCCUAAUUAAGCCCUUGUCUUUAUUAUAGCUCUGUAAUGUUGCAGAAUAACUUCAUAUAAAAGUAAAUACCUUCAUGUUUGUGUAGAUUUUUGAACGCUAGGUGAGGUUUUAAAAAAAGGAAUCUUAUGCAACUUUUGUUGGUAGUUCUAUGUUAGCUUAUAACUCAAAGGUAUCAUCACAAGACUAUGACAGAAUUGUUAGCACCAAAAAUUUAGCUCCUUGUCUUUCUAUAAGAAGAGUAAUGGGACAGACUUGGAAUAUUGUCACUUUAGUCACACACACACACACAAAUUCUAAAAUGAGAAUAAAUAGGAAGCUCUUAGGCCCUUUUCCUCUUAAGAAAAUCUGUUGCUCUAAGGACUAGGCCUGAGUAGAACUAGGAAAAAAAUAUUGUAACCAUGAAAAAAUGUCAUUUUAAGACAUCAGUGAGUCUCAACCUGGGUGUAUGUAUACAUAUACCAUGUGUGUUUUUUUGCAUUGGUAUUGUAUAAACUAAGUAUCACUUUAUAUUGUCCCUCCAUGUAAGAUGUGUACAGUGUAAGGCCAUGUUUACUCACAAACUCAUCCUAAGCAGGUAAAAUUCUAAAACUAUAAAAUGUAUAUAGAUAAUGUUUGUUUGGGCUUAUGACCUGACUUCUAAGAGAUACUUCUAAUAUAGCCCUAGUUCAUCAGUUAAAAUAGGAAUUUGAGUAAGACCUGUCCAUAAGUCAUUCUACAUACCCACUUAUCCCUGAGCAGCAAGUAGAUGGACCCCACUUCUCUAGGCUGAUCCUGAGUUCCCCACUCAAGUGAGCCACUUGACAAGCUGUGUUAGGCUUAUUCUUCCAUGGGAUUCUACAUCGGUGUCGAAGCGCAGAGAUCUAGGUGAUGAUGGGGAGAUGAGUCAGUGCUUUCUUCAGAGGACAUUAUUCGUAGCCAUGGCCUCUUUGAAAUAAAGUUGUUACGAGCAACACGAGUUGCUAUAAGCAAUCCUUGAUGUAAUGUUGAUUGUAUUCGUUGCAAAAAAAAAAAAAAAAAAGCCUCAAGUUAAGAGAGGGGCCCCUUCGGCCUUGGAUAUUAAAUUGACAUUGCCUAUUGCUGCACAAUGCAAUGAAAACAGAAGUCUAGAAUUUUGCAAAUCCUAGAAUGUAAGAUUAAUUCAGUGGGUCCCUGGACCUUUAGAUCUGGAUUGACAGGAUUUAUUUUCUUAAAAUGAGCUUCAUUUCAUAUUUAUUAUUCUCUUUCCCCUCUUGGGGAAUGAAGUGUAUAUAAAAUAAGCUUCUACCUACUUGCAUUUAUCUUCCAAACCCAAUCUAGUAGGAGAUUUUCAUUUUCAAAGGAAGGGGAGGAAGACCAGAGUUUUGCAAAAAAUAAAAUAAUUUUUUUUUUUUUAAUGGAGGAGAAUGGGCACCAAACCUCAGGAGACAGCUGUUCCAGCAGCUUUCUAGCUAACAACCUCUAUGCUGCCUCUAGUGUCUGUAUUGUACUUCUAUACAUAGCCUUCAGGUUGUAAGCCUUUUCUAGCAAGUUUUGUUACUUUGUUUUGUUUUGAGUUCUUUUCCUGAGAUUUUUAUGAAUGGCUAUAGCACCACUGAUGCUGCUGAUAUCUUUAAACUCAUCAAAAAAGCAAGCACGUAGCUCAAGGCCACUAUUGGCAAGGAAGCCAAGUGUCCUCUGUGCCUUCUUUAUGUAGAGUAAUUAAAAGACAUCUUAAAAAUCAGAAUCAAAAAUUGUCUGGAUACAACAUGGUACGCGUAUCAUUUGCAAGUGUGAAGAAGUGUUUAGUUAGAACCCGGCAGCAGCUCUGAGUCUAUUAGAGUAGCCUUUGUGACAUACCUAAGUUUUCUGUGUUGGUUUUGCUGGUAUAUAAUAGGAAAGUGAAGACUCUAAUUAGCUCUGGUAUUGCUCAUAUAACUUACCAAGAAGCUAAUACUAAACUUGAGAUUAUUUAAUUAAGUAGGUUUUAUCAAGCAGUUAGAGUUCUUAAGUAUAGUUUUUAAUGGUAGAUGAAAACUGAAGGAAAUUUUAGAGGUAUUUUAAUAGUACAGGUGAAGGCACCAAUGGCUGUUUGGUAUCACACUCUACAAAAGCUUCAUUACUUUACUUGAUGCUGGUUGCUAGGCAGCCAUUGCACAGAGUAAAAGUCUACUGGGUGCCUUUCCCAGCAAGAGGCUGAUGCUGCACUGUUGUCAUGCGAGGAAAUAUGCACAUGCUCUUAACUGCUAAACAGGAAAAGAACCUAGAGACAGAGAAAAUGAAAAACAAAACAAAAAGGUUAACUGAAAUAAAACUUGAUCAACAUAACUGUAUUUUGAAACAUUCCAGGAAGGUUACUACUUGUCAAACUUGCCUGGGGUUGUUUGUUUAAAACUUGUAUUUAAUAAAUGAACAUCUGACUUAC